GGUGGGUGCAUGCUUCAAAGGAGGUCAAUCUACAAUCACUGCCUGGGUUUGACCCACACACGCUAUGGCCACUCAACCUCUUGUGUCAUGCUCUUUCCAAAACGAUAACAUCAUGGAAUGAUUAUCUGUCUGAAGCAUCUAGGGCAGUUUACACAUGAGAACACGACCGGGCAUGCUCAGUGCUAUCCAGUUCCCUCUCCCGUUUGCCAGCUUAGGGCUGGGUUUAUCAGCACUGGAGAGGGGGAAAGCCUGCAUGAUGGCGACUCGGUCUUUAAUCUUCCACUCUACCCAUCUCUGGAAAAGAAGCCAUUGAUCAACAUCCUGCACCCAGGGCGGAGUCGCCCACCUGUCACCGAAUCGUCCCACGUGGGUCUGCGGUAGGAGGGUCGAAGGGAGGGAGAAAAGACAGAGGCGUGGAGGGAGGCAGACGCAAGAGCCACCGAGGAACCGAGGAGAGGCUGAGAUCUCCGAACAGCUAAACAAUCUAGAGGACCCCCCACCACACCUGGUUGCCAAGGCAACCGCCCUGGCCAGAGCGAGGCGCAUUGACGUCAGCAGCCGAACGCUGAUUGGCCGCGGUCGGCUGGUUUCCGGUGGAGCCGUCGCCGAGCCGCUAUCGCAGAGUGGUAGUGAGGCUGCGAGCUGAGCCCGCUGGACGCUCGGUCACCCCGGCCGCCUCGCCCUGCGUUAGCCCCUGCUCGUGCCGCCGCCCGCCCUCAGAGAACCAUGGCGUCUGGCAGUAUGGCAACCAGUGAGGAAGAGCGGAGUCUCCGGGAAUGCGAGCUCUAUGUGCAGAAGCACAAUAUCCAGGCCCUGCUGAAGGACUCCAUCGUGCAGCUGUGCACUACGCGGCCCGAGAGGCCCAUGGCAUUCCUUCGGGAAUACUUUGAGAGGUUGGAGAAGGAGGAGGCAAGACAGAUUCAGUGUCUACAGAAAACCGGCAUCCGUACUGACUCGAGGGAGGACGAGAUCUCUCCUCCACCCCCCAAUCCAGUGGUGAAGGGCCGACGGCGCCGAGGUGCUAUCAGUGCUGAAGUUUACACUGAGGAGGAUGCUGCCUCCUACGUUAGAAAGGUUAUUCCAAAAGAUUAUAAGACAAUGGCUGCUUUAGCCAAGGCCAUCGAAAAGAAUGUGCUGUUUUCACACCUUGAUGAUAACGAGAGAAGUGACAUUUUUGAUGCUAUGUUUCCAGUCUCCUUUAUUGCUGGAGAGACGGUUAUUCAGCAAGGUGAUGAAGGGGAUAACUUCUAUGUGAUUGAUCAAGGAGAAAUGGAUGUCUAUGUCAAUAAUGAAUGGGCAACCAGUGUUGGGGAAGGAGGGAGCUUUGGAGAGCUGGCUUUGAUUUAUGGAACACCCAGAGCAGCCACUGUCAAAGCAAAGACAAACGUGAAACUGUGGGGCAUCGACCGAGACAGCUACCGAAGAAUCCUCAUGGGAAGCACUCUGCGAAAGAGGAAGAUGUAUGAAGAAUUCCUUAGUAAAGUGUCUAUUUUAGAGUCUCUGGACAAGUGGGAGCGUCUCACAGUAGCCGAUGCAUUGGAGCCUGUCCAGUUUGAAGAUGGACAGAAGAUCGUGGUGCAAGGAGAGCCGGGGGAUGAGUUCUUCAUCAUUUUAGAGGGCACAGCUGCUGUGCUGCAGCGUCGGUCAGAAAACGAAGAAUUUGUUGAAGUGGGACGACUGGGGCCUUCUGAUUAUUUUGGUGAAAUUGCCCUGCUGAUGAAUCGUCCUCGGGCUGCCACUGUGGUUGCCCGGGGCCCUUUGAAGUGCGUUAAGUUGGACCGGCCUCGGUUUGAACGCGUCCUUGGCCCGUGCUCAGACAUCCUCAAGCGGAACAUCCAGCAGUACAACAGCUUCGUGUCCCUGUCCGUCUGACCCGCGCCUCCUGUGCCUCCUCCCCAGUCCAUGCUUCACUCACGCAGACUGCUUUCUCUCCCUAGCCGCAGCGCCCAGUGGCCACUGCUUCACAGCUUCUUGUCUCUUUAUACUAAAAGUUGCUUUAUUGCACCAUUUUUCAUUGGGAGCGUUAUUAAAUGCUCAUUCACAAAUAAAUAGAGAGUUGUAUGGACUUGGCUGUCACCGCUUCUCUGUGCAGUGCUCGUGUUCAACCUGGGCAGCAAGUGCCGCGCUUUUUGCUGAGGGCGGUCCCUGCACCACUGAAUUACCGUAAUGAUGUAAUAGCUGUGCAGGGCUUUUAAGUGACACAGGUUUCCAUUUCCAUAUGACACAAGUGACAUACUUAGACUGUGGCCAUGUUUGCUGUAUUUCUUUAUAGAGUAAAUGAUUUUAACCUUUAAGGAUUAGAAGAAUGAAUAUAGAAAACUCCUAGCACAGUAGAAAGACAUCUGCCUGUAAUUAAGCUAGUUUAAGUGUGGGAGUGCCCAUGUUUUGCUAAUCACCAGGCACUGCAGCUAGUUCAGCCCUCUCAGCCUGGUUUGGUGUGUCUGUUGCUAGUGUUUCUUCUCCAACCCUGAAAUGUUUUGGUGUGGCUGGCCGUCUAUCCCUGCCUUUAAGUUUGAAAUCAUUUGUAGAUGGCAAGUACUGGUUGUGACUUCACUGCACCUGUCUGAGCUCACAGACGCUGAUAACUUUAUUUAUCCAGCUGGUGCCAAAUCCUGAGGAUGAGACACAGAAAUGUGAGAAUUUGAGGUCUUCACUCUGGGGAGUUAACCGUGGUUAACUCGUGUGAUCUGCCCUCAGUUACAGACUAGGGCGUUGGAAUUACUGAGAAUAGACAAAUAGAGCAAGCUCCAGAGAGAAGGGGAUGGAGGCAGUGCUGCUGAAGGUGGAUGGCGGUCAGGUGUCCAGAAGCAGGAAGCUGGGUCUGUCCCCUGGGUUUCUGUUAGGAACAGUGGUGGGGUGUGACCGUGUUGUGGUCUGAAAGGCCACCCCGCUGAGUCCUGCCUUUUCCUGUCUAACCUUGAAUUUCUCUGGUAAACUUUCUUUAUUGUUUUUUGUUUGUGUGUGUGUGUUUAAAGUAAACUUGUGUUCUUGACUGUAUUUCAGUAUUUUCCAGCCUUAUGUGUUACAUUAUUCCAGUGAUAACCCAACAGUUUAUUUUUAUUACUGUUAUUUUUUAAACAAAAUUCACAGUUCGUAACGAGGCACACUUAUCUUGUGAUUUCUGUAUAAUGUCGGGUUCUAUUUGGGAGUGACUGCGUUUUCAUGUGUGUGCAAGUGGUUCUGAUUAAUAAUUCCCUCCCUCCCUUUCCCAGUUAACUUAAAUUGUUGGUUAUGGUAGAUUUUUUUCUUGGUAGAUUGAAAAGCUUCUAGAUUGUUACUAAUUUGGGAAAAAGUUUCAUUUAGGUUUUAGCAUGGGAUAGAAAGCUACCUUGUUGCCAUAUCUAAAACUUCCAUAAUCUAUAUUAAAUGAGGGUUUUCUGUACUUACUUUGUGGUUGGCUAUCUUUUUUUAUAUUUAAAAAAAUAAAAAUUAUGUUACUAGCUUAAAGCUUAAUUUGAUAUUUGUUUAAAUGCCAAAAAUGUAUGUAUGUGAAUGAUGUAGAACGCCAUAAAAUGCAUUUCAUGUGUAUAUACCCCCUUGGUCUGUACGGAGAUAAACACCUGCUUUCUAAGAGUUCCAUGCUAGCUUACAAGUUACGCCCUUUUGUCGUUUUACUCUUAGACUUUUCAAGAUAAGUCUAAAUUUAAAAAUUACCACAUUUAAAGCUUUAUCUUUGUGCAAUUUAAAUAUCAGUCAGAAGUCGUGGUUGGCAUACUGUGUCUUUGUGGACUCUUGGCACCAUUGUCUCUGGAUGGGUGGGCGAAUUUAAGCAAUCUGCUGAGAAAGCAGAGCUGGCCAAAGGGACAGUUGCUGUUUCCUGGACACUAGUCUGAUAUACUCUGUGCUAAUCUAAUCGCUGUUCUUUUGUUACAGACUGUCUCAAUGGUAGGUCACAGAAUAAAAAAGAUGAAAUAAUUUAAAUUCUUAAACGAA